AUGGAUUCCAGUAAGACGAUUUAAGACGAUGACAUCAAGUCAAAGCAUUCUAAGAAAGGAGGUGAUCCAGAUGAAUCCUAAAAUAAUUCUAAGAAAGGAGACGAUAAUGGGAGUGGGGAAGAUGAUAACGACGAGGAAGAAGAAGUUCUGAUAAGUGAAUUCGAAAUGAAAAAAUUAAAGGAAUGCUUUAAAAAAUUAGCAAGGAAUGGACUUAUUAAUGUUGAAGAAGCAUUGGUCAUUGUAAAGAAGAUCACCGAAGACAAUUAUUUUGCAGAGGAAGAUAUAUUUGAGAUUUUAGCUGAUGAAGAGGUUGAUCAGUCUAGAAGGAUGACUGAGAAAAAUUUCAUUGAACUAAUUGAAUAAAUUAAACGAAAACAAAACCAGAGCAAUGAAGCUGACACAUUGUUGGCUUAUGUGGCGAUGGGUGGUGAUUAAGAUAGAGGUGGUUACGUUGAUGCAUAAAAGUUAAUAAGCAUUAUAAAAGAUGAUUUUGAAAUGACAAUCGAUAUUGAGAAGCUCAUUGAUGAAAUUGAUGAGGAUAAGAGUGGCAAAGUUGAGUAUGGCGAAUUCAACUAACUUCUUAACGCAGAUUGA